GUUCUGCAGUACACAGGAGGGAAGCACACUCCUGCAUUGCAAGGCUUUCUCUUAAGGAUGUAUUGUGGCUUUUGUUUGGAUUGCAGCGUGCAGACUUACAGCUGUUCAGAGGAGACUCAUUACAACUCCUGCUGAAGCUCCUAAUCUUCCUCCCUUCUUCUAGUCCUUUUCUCUACCCUAACUUGGCCUGAAGACAUUGUCCCCAAAAUUUACCUUUCUCCCUUGGUGCUAUAUGUAUGGUGAACUUGGCACUAUGGCCUCGUCUGGGACUGGCCAGACGACGGUUCUUGGCUCUCCCUAUUCCAAGAAGGAUUUAAAGGGAAAUUGCACUGCAGGCAAUGCAUCAGAGCAGCAGCAUCGGGAGCUUGGGGACUGAGGCUCUUCUGGCAUUAUUAUACACAUGCACAGCUGACCGCAAUGACAGCAGCUGCUCCUUUGAACUGUUGGCAGCAGCCAAGCGGCAGCAUGAAGUGAGAGAUCACUCCUGAGCUCAAGAUGAACUCCACCUUGGAUGGUAAUCAGAGCAGCCACCCUUUUUGUCUCUUGGCAUUUGACUACUUGGAAACUGUCAGUUUUUGCCUUUUGGAAGUGCUGAUUAUUGUUUUUCUAACAGUAUUGAUUAUUUCUGGCAACAUCAUUGUGAUUUUUGUAUUUCACUGUGCACCUUUGUUGAACCAUCACACUACAAGUUAUUUUAUCCAGACAAUGGCAUAUGCUGACCUCCUGGUGGGGGUAAGCUGCUUGGUCCCUUCUUUAUCACUCCUUCACUAUUCCCUACCAUUAGAGGAGUCCUUGACUUGCCAGAUAUUUGGCUUUGCAGUAUCAGUUCUGAAGAGUGUCUCUAUGGCUUCUCUGGCCUGUAUCAGCAUUGAUAGAUACAUUGCCAUCACUAAGCCUUUAACGUAUAAUACCCUGGUUACACCCUGGAGACUACGCCUGUGUAUUUUCCUGAUUUGGCUAUACUCCACCCUCAUCUUCCUGCCUUCCUUUUUCCACUGGGGCAAACCUGGAUAUCAUGGAGAUGUCUUUCAGUGGUGUGCGGAGUCCUGGCACACAGACCCAUACUUCACCUUGUUCAUCGUGAUAAUGUUAUAUGCCCCAGCAGCCCUCAUUGUCUGCUUCACAUAUUUCAACAUCUUCCGCAUCUGCCAACAGCAUACAAAGGAAAUCAGCGAAAGGCAAGCCCGCUUCAGCAGCCAGAGUGGGGAGACUGGGGAAGAACAGGCCUGUCCUGAUAAGCGUUAUGCCAUGGUCCUGUUCCGCAUCACUAGUGUAUUUUAUGUCCUCUGGUUGCCCUAUAUUAUCUACUUCUUGUUGGAGAGUUCCACUGGCCACAGCAACCGCUUCGUAUCCUUCUUGACCACCUGGCUUGCUAUUAGUAACAGUUUCUGCAAUUGUGUCAUUUAUAGUCUCUCCAACAGUGUCUUCCAAAGAGGACUUAAACGCCUAUCAGGGGCUGUGUGUACUUGUGCAAGUCAGACCACUGACAAGGACCCUUAUACAGUUAGGAGCAAAGGCCCCCUUAAUAAUGGAUGUCAUGUCUGAAAUGGCUCAGUCACUAGUUCACUAAGAAAUCGGGGACAGAAUAAUUUGACUAAGCAAUAGCACACAAGUAAUCUAUCCAAAUAUCUUUUU